AUGGAAAAUUAUAAUCAAAAUAAAGAUAUAGAAAACAUUAAUGAAGCAAGCAUUAAUGAAGCUAAAAAUGAUAGCUCUAACAAUUACAAACAAGAAAAUAAAAAUCAUCACGAAAAUAAAAUAAUUCAUGCAAUUAAAAACCAUUUUCCAAAUUCCUAUGAUGUUUCUCAAUCCUAUGGAGGAAUGGAAAAUUUAUUAAUGUCAUUUGGUCAAAAACCAUUUAAUUCUCAAGAUUACGAAGCCCAAGGUAUAAUUCAAGCAUUUAAACAAGAUAACACACAUUACGAAGAAAAUGAAGAUCACCAAAUUAAUAAUUAA